UCCGUCGCUUUCUCUUAAAACAAAUCUGGAAAUUCUCACUUCCAUCUCAUCCAAUUCCUUCAGUAAACCCUAAUUACUAAUCUUUUCUUCGAUCUUCAACCCAAGAUUUCGAAGAUGGUUCGUGUGAGCGACUUCAUAGUGGGGCUCUUGAACUGUAUAUCACUUCUAUUAGGCCUCGUGGCCAUCGCCUUGUCGCUUGUUUUCCACUUGCAUGGCGGAUCACAAUGCGAGAAAGUACUGCAGAAUCCAUUGCUCAUAACGGGAUCCAUUUUGCUCCUCGUUUCUCUGCUGGGGUUAAUCGGUUCUUGUUGCAGGCUUAACGCUUUGUUGUUUAUUUACGUGUUUGUUACGUUUUGUUUGAUUGUUGGGCUUCUAGGGUUCACUGUGUUCAUUUUCAUGGUGAUGAAUGAGGGUGUGGGGAAGACGAUUUCGGAUAAAAGAGUUGGCGAAAUGAGAACUUGGGAUUUUGCUCAUUGGUUGGAGAAUAAUUUUGUGAAUGGGAAAAAAUGGGAUGACAUAAGGAGCUGUUUCAGAGAAUCUGAGAUUUGUCGAAUCUCCAAGUUACAUGGGAGGAAUUUGUCCCCAAUUCAGUCUAGUUGCUGCAAGCCACCGUCUGAAUGUGGGUUCCAGUGGAAAGGUGCAACAAGGUGGGAAGCUCCCAGAGAAGGCAAAGCCACGAAUAACAGCGACUGCCGUAGAUGGAGCAAUGAGCAAGACAAAUUAUGCUACGACUGCAAUGCUUGCAAAGAAGGGUUUCUGAUGAACAUCAAGAAGCAGUGGAGAUAUAUCGCCAUAUUCAACCUUUGUGCUUUAGUACUUCUCAUUAUCAGCUACUCAUUUGGUUGCUUUGCAAUGAAGAAUAAUGAGAAAGAUAACAGGCUAUUCAGAAAGUAUCACCCUUGACAUGUAUGAUCAUCAGCAUCAUUCAUUCUGCUCAGUGGGAGAAGUCGCAAUGAAAAUU